GGUAUUUCGGGUCAAAGGCUAAGCAAGGAUCACGUGGAGGUUCUGGGUAACCUGACCUGCACACUCGACCCCGUCUACAUCCAAAACUCUGAUCCAGCCAUCAUUGAGAGCCUGAAGAACUGCCACGAUCUGUCCGACGCUCAGAUCAGCGCUGUGCAAUCGCUGCUGCUCUCAGGAGAAACUGUCUAUGGGAGCUCUUCUGCUUGGGAUCAGCAGACGCUGGAGCGCCUCGACCUCAUGCCGCUGUACUUCACUGACGACUUCUGGAGCCACUUCAGUGCUGUACGGACGCUUAUUCUCUAUUGAGCUC